AUGAAACCAAUGGAGUUCGAUUUCACGAAGCAAAAACCUUCGAAAACACUGGAUAUUGGUUUGAAUGGCACCAAUGUUUCUGCUGACCCUUUUGGGCGAAUGUUGCAACUGAGCACAUUUCACCCUGAACAUGGUAUCAUAGUUGCUGCCCCAUACGAACAAUUCGAUGGGAGCAGGUUCUAUGAGCCACAGUACGUACGAGCUUACCGAGCUCGUAUGCUGAAGAUGAUUCGGUCAGGCAAACCAGGCUUUGGGGUUCGAUUUGAUAGAAACUCGCACCAGGUAGCCAUUGAAAUCUGUGACAUAAGCACAGCGAUAUUCAAGUAUCAUCUUCACGAGCAUGUCACUGUCACCAUGACACUUAAAAUAGACGAGACAGGCAGCGUCAUUCAACAUGCGAUCAUCUCAUCAACAAGCUCGGAACCGAUGCAAAUUCCUUACAUAUGGGACCUGGGAAUUAGUAUCAAUCGCGCAUCUUACGGCCAAUUGACAGAAGGCGGGCCAAUACCAAUACCACCUCUAGAGAAUGAUUUCCAAAUCUUGGACCAAGGAGAUCGCUACGCAAUCGUCAACAAACACCUCAACUCUCAUUUGGAAGGAAGUCUUUGGAUCGACGGCACUGCUGUGAAGAUGGCUAAGCCCAUGAACGAAACCUUCGUCGGAAGACCGGUGUCUAUCAGUUAUUCACGUAUGAUUGAAGUUCCUGCCAAUUCUUCACGGACGAUACUUGCAAAUUUUCAUCUGUACCCAGACGUUAACGUUCGAGAAGGGCGUGAGGCAGUGCCCAACAGGCAAAUCCCACCGUCGCUUUCAUCUCAAAGCUGGACUCCCUUGGAAAGCGACGCGCUUUUCAUAAUCAGAAGGAACUUAGACUAUUUCUUGGGAAAUUGCACAUUUCCAGUCUCUGAAACCGAAGUGGCUGUAAUAACGGACCAUGUUGCCCUGCCGCUUGGUUGGAAUCGAGAUAACUACUGGCAGAUCAGGUUCUCACUGGACAUCCAUCAGAAUGCUGGUCGGCUUAUGGAUGCGGUCACUGCGAAGAGAUAUCAAACAAUGAUCCAUCGGACUGUAAAAGGUCACCUAAAUUGGGUUUUUCGCCGCGCUCAACGUCCUCACAUCUUCUGGCAUCGGUCCUAUUUGAUUACAGGUCGACCCAAGGAUGGACCUGUCUUUCAGCUUGACCAACAGUGUUAUCCGUUGCUUGAGCUUUGUGAUUUCUACGAUGCAUUCCCAGAAGAGGCCACGUUUGCGAAAGAUAUUUGCAUGGAGAAGACCUUGUCAGAUAUCAUAACGCUGCUCAAAUCUAAACGCGACCCGAGCACAGGUCUGUUUCCUACAGAUGAAACACCUGGAGACGAUGCUGUGGAGUUUCCGUUUCACUUCUCAAGCCACGUCCUACUUUGGCACACUUUUUCACGGCUGCAUCGGCUACUGGAUACGAUUGGUCUGAAAUCAAUAAGCAGUAGGUUGGACUUGAAUGAAGUUGCGCAGGACAUCCGCCGCUUGACCAUACACCAUUUCCAAACAACAAAUAACCAGACUGGCAGGUCGCUAUUUGCGUACUUGACGAAUGGAGUGGAUAAAGCAACUCUCUACCACGAUGCCAACGAUAUUCCAACUCUCUUCGCACCGGCUUGGAACUUCGUGCAUACGGAGGAAGAAUAUCAGCUUUGGAAAAACACAAUGGAGUUUGGACUUUCUCAAAAUAAUGAGAAGGGAUAUUUUGUCGGUGAACCGUUUGGUGGUCUUGGAAGUGUUCACACUCCUGGACCAUGGCCCCUUGGCUAUUUUCAAGAAUUCGUUUAUGCUCAACUCACAAAUUCUUCUGAAAAAGAGCAGGAUGCAUGGCGUAGAAUCAAGGGUGCGAUGCAGUGGGACGGAUUGUUCCCCGAAGCCGUUGACUAUCGGACUGGAGAAUGUACGAGUAAAGCAUGGUUUAGCUGGCCGGGAUCUAUGAUUGGAGGUGCACUUGUCAGGUCGAAAUUGAUAUGA